AAACUUACUAUUUACAGGAAACGGAAUAGAUAAAAUCCAAGCAGUUACUUAUAGCGCGAGUGCGAUUUCGAGUUUAUUCUGAUUUAAAUGAUUUUCCAAAAAAAAAAGGCUGAAAAAGGCUGAUGAGGAUUCUGAUCGCUGUUACAAAUUGUAACGCGCACGUGACCAAAAAAAUAUCAGAACCUACCAAGACAAAGUCUAGUUAUUCCAUAUGAUGCUCGUGCUCCCUAUAUCAAAUGUGGCUUUGAAAGAAUAUCCCUACCUAUCCUUAUAUAAUAGUGACAAACAUAAUGAUGGAUAUGAAUUUAAAACUUCAAGCUUAUGUUCUGGAUGUGGAAAAGAGCAUAAUAAAGGGAGGGUAGUUGGCCGAUGCAUAAAGGGUUCCUACUACAUUAAGUGCCGGUCCUCACCGAAUGAAAAAGAAAUCAAGAUAAAUGCUUCACCGGAAAUGAUUUCAUCAUCUACAUCUUUCUCCGGUCAGGCAAGAUCAUCUAACAAAUCCCGACUUCCUAUCUCUAUUUUACCUGAAGAUCCCGAAGAAGAAGCGAAAACAUAUCAUUGGAAAAAACUGUAUGGAAUAUGGGGUUCUGGUGAAUAUUGCGGAGAACGAACUUAUCGACUCAAAUGCUGGAAUGCUCUUCAGCGUGGUAUCUGUAGAAGCAUAAAUAGAGACGGAAAACUAUAUACUACAGGAUCAUUGAAUUUAUUUUUUCGCUAGUAUUCCCAAAUAAUCAGAAUUAUUGUAUAGAGCUCACACCAUGUAAGCACGUGGCUUAUAAUCUGAUUUUGAUCACAUGACGAAUCAAAUUUUCGCCAGAUCAAAAAAAACGCGUAUCUAUUAACAGUUAAGUAGACUAGACUUUUUAAACUCGCAUAAAUAAGUAUAA